AUGGAAGCUCCCAAAAUUUUGAGGGAUUUGCCUGUAGACGGUCAAUUCUCGUUUCUUCAAGCCAAGUACAAUUUGAAAAACGAGGAGAUUUUUCUGUACCUUGACCAGGCCCAUUGUUUUGGCACUAAUGUCGAUGUCAACAAUCCAUCUGCAAUUUUCGUGGUUACUUUCUCGGCGCUUGUUUGUAGCAAAUAUUUUUAUAAAGCGCUUUUAAGAGCCCGAAAUCUGUUGAAUGGAAUUUCGCAUACAGCUCCGCUUAGUCCUCCAGAAGAUCCACGCCACCAGAUUAAGAUUUUUGUUUCCUCAAUCCAGAAAGAGGGCCAAAAUAUUCUUUCAACGCUAAUUGCAAAUGGCAACGAAGAAUCGCAAUCAAAAGACCUCCUUUUUCCCAAUGUUAUGCUGCUUGAUAAAAAGACUGCCUUGAAAACAGUUUUUACUUCUGCUCAGUUGAAUCAGCUAGAGAGAGAUCAUAAAGAGCGAGCUCUUUUACCCUGGCAAGCAUUCUUUUCCAGGGCUUUGAAAAGCUUUUGGUUUCCCGUAUAUUAUGCAGAAAACCCAACUCCAAACUGGGACUGGAUUCUCAAUCUGAAAGAUCAAAAAUCGAUUGAUAAGCUUAAAUGGAUCUUUUUUUCUGAGAGUAUCGCAAAAUUUAAGAUUUUAAUUUUUUUAAAAAAUAGCAACAUAGGGAGCAUAUUUUUCCGCGACUCUGAAAUCUCUUCGAUUCCAUCAGUUAGCAAAGACUUUGCAUGGGAUAUCGAGACUAUUGUUCACUAUACCCAAAAGAAAGAUGAUAUUCAUGAAACCCUUGAAGAUCUAAAUGCAGAGGCUUCAUGGGCGUAUAAACCUUUUGGAGUAUCCAAUGCGGAACUGCCAAAUUUAAAGGUUAGAUUUAGAAAUGAUUUUGCAACAACAGUUGUUGAUAGCCUCAAUUUAAACGAUUCAUACACAAAGUACCCGGUGCUUGUUGACAUUUUCGAAGGAAAAAAGCUAUUCGCCACAAUGAAAGAUGUUGCUGAAAAGUUGAGAGAUACCGCCCAUUUCUUCUUCUCGCCUGCACUGAUUAACAUCUAUGAUCUGGACGAAUUUGACUUGGAAGAUAUGCUGCACUAUCUGGCAUACUCUGGUGGUGCCGUUGGUUUUAUGAAUCUUCUAGAUAGCUGUACAAAAGUCGAUAGAGAUUUGAUUUUUAGUUUUAUUGCAACUCAUGAGCUGAUUUUGCAACAAUGGGUCUAUUUUGCAAGGAAAUUUAAAAAAAAAUCCUCAUUGAGGCUAUUGAGGUAUAUACAAACAAAGUUUAAAGGUAACACCAAGUACGAUUUGACAAACAUUGCCAUAAAAGCCAAAAUUUCUGAGGGAAAGCUAUUUGUGCUCAAAAAAUGUGCAAAGGACUCGAAAAAAGAGCUUGAUGUGGAUAAAUUUAGUUUGAAUUUACUUCCUGAUGGUGUCAAAGCUUGA